UGAGUUCAAAAAAUGGUCCGAAUGACUUUCAAAAUCAGUUAGUGACUUCAAGAGGUAAUAUCCUUUCCCGCGACAGUACCGAUUUUAAAACCCAAACUGUUAUAUUAAUUUACGCAGAAUUUGGUUGAAUCUACGAGAAAUGUGCAGUCACACAGCAUGAGUGAGGACAUUAAAAUGUCUGGUAAAAGGUUGCAGUCUCAAACAAAACUACACGAUUUUCAAAACUCCAGAUCAAAUACUAAACAAUCUCAACCUCACUCAGCAUCCAAAUUUCCAAAAAAUGAAGGGCCAAAAUGUAAGACAAUAUUUACUUUUGGGUAUGGGUAUCGUCAGUUUUUCCAUAUGUCACAAAGCAGCUUGCAUCCUGCAAGUGGAGACCUGUUAUUCAUGAAGUUCUCAGUGAAGGCGAGAAGUGAUGCACACAUCCUGCUCUCCCCAAGCCCCUCACCUGAGGAUUUGGAACCUGUGUAUGAGAUCGUCCUUGGUGCUGGAAAAAACACGUUCUCCGACAUUAGGAGGAGACGGAGAGCUGCUACAAAGACUUCAGCAUAUACCAAAGAUAUCUUGUCUGGCACUGAGCAAAGAGAAUUUUGGGUGAGGAUGAACCACCAAGGCAUGAUCUCAGUCGGUCAUGAGGGCGAGGACUUGCCAUUCAUGGAGUGGCAAGAUCCUGACCCUCUACUUAUAUUGUACUUCAGCUUCUGUACGUGGAGUGGUGUGGCUGGCAAGUGGAUUUAUGACUGCUCUUCAGACAAUGACUCAGGUGCUAUCGAAGUACAACCCGUUCUCACUGCUGUGGACAAGUUAAGACAAGCAUUGUUGACAAACUAUGAUGUUUAUUCCAGACCUGUUUCUAAUGCUUCACAGCAAAUUCAAAUUUACAUACAAAUACAAGCUAAUCAUGUACAACUUGAUGCAAAACAAUCUGUGAUGACUGUGGGAUGUAUGUUUACUUUGGAGUGGUAUGAUGAGAAGAUGGUCUGGAGUCCAGACAACUUUGAUGGUUUGAAUAUUUUAAAUUUGGUUCACCAUGAAAUUUGGAUACCAGAAUUAGUCAAUUUCAAUGCUGUAGGGAAGGGAGUAUCUCCACUGGGACCAGCUGCCGUAAGGGUUACAUCUAAUGGUAAGGUGAGGUGGAGUACCCGCAGUCAUCUCCAAACUAGAUGUCAGCUGGACCUGAGGCAGUGGCCCUGGGACACUCAGACAUGCAGCAUUCAACUGGGCUUUUGGACCCAAACUGAUACACUGCAACUUAUUUUGUUUGAGAAUGGCACCAAGUUGGAACUGCAGAAGACGAGCUCCGAGUGGGAGGUGCAGAGGCUGGACGCUGAGACUAUUGCUGUUAGAAGACCAUGGCUGCCUGAUCUCAGCUCAGAUGAUGGGACUGACGAUAUAACCCCCACUUCGCUCACCUUCACAUUUGUCCUCAAGCGAGCAAGCUUUGGAUACAUCUACGUCCUGAUUAUUCCCAUUCUGGUGAUGAUCGUGAUGUCUCUGGCCUGUUUCUGGAUGGAUGUUCUGGGCAAGGAGAAGUUGGCUACUAACUGCCUGUUGCUGCUGCUGCUCUCUGGUUUCUUGUUGAGUCUAGAGUCCAAUCUGCCUGCACCUGCCGACCAUGCUCCAUUCCUUUUUAGAGUGUACAGUUUAGUGCUAGCAGUUGUCACAUGUGCUACCACAGUCACUGUAAUUGUUACCAACCUCACCAACACUUGUCAUGUCCGACCUCCUCCUCGGUUUCUCUGUGACGCAAUCUCUUCUCCUUUCAUUGGUUCAGUCUUCUGCUUACCAAAACCAAAACUAAGAGAGCCAGAGUACAAUCAGAUGAGAGAGAGAGGUGUAGAAAACAGCUUGUCAAUGGAGCCUGAGUGUGACAGUGUAGCCAACCUGUUGUGGGCCAAGUUAGCUGUGUUUUGUGACAGAGUUGCAUUUUUCUUCGCUCUUUUUGCAUAUACUGCUAUAUUUGUUUUCUGAGGUGUUUAUAAGCUAUGACUAAGUUUGGUAUUUUGUAUUAAUUAUAUAAGUUUGAUUGUACAAAUCUUAAUAAUAAAUAUGUAAUUAAUUUAAA